AUGACCGACUCCCCUCGCGCCCGUCGUCCGCGCGCGCCCAAGCCGCUCAAGUGGAUCGUCGCCGACCUCCUCGCGCGGCACGUCGACGAGCUCGUCGACGCCGGGGGGGAGUCGCUCCGGCACCUCCCGUGUGACGUGAGAGACGCGCUGCUGGCGGUGGCGCGGCGUAGACGGUGCCUGGACGACGCCGCGCUUCGCGCGCUCGUGGACGAGUCCACGACGAUCAUCGACGCGAGCGGAUGCGGCGGCGGACGCGUCACCGACGCGGGCAUCGCCGCGCUCGCGGCGCGACGCGCGCUGCGCAACGUCACCGCGGUGGACCUUUCCAGAUGCGACGGCGUCACCGCGGCGGGGUUGAGGAUCCUCGCGCGCGCGGCGCCGAGGCUCCGGACGCUUCGAUGCGGCGGCGACGCGACGUGCAACGCCGCGUGCGAAGCAGCGAUACCGGGGAUCGUGCCGAGGCUCGAGGACGGGGGCGGGGUCGACGACUGGGAGACGCGCGCCGAGGUCGACUCCACCACGCGCGCGACGGCGCUCGAGUGGCUCGUGUGGCCCGACGUUCGGCCGGACACGCGCGCGACGAUCGUACGCCAGUGCCCGAGGAUACGAAUCGUCGCGCCGCCGAGGGAGGUGCACCUGCGCGCCGCAUCCGCCGUGACGGAUCCAUCGUUCGCGGCGGUGGCGGGCGAGGGAUGGAUCGGUUUCGGUCGCGCGAGGACGACGCCGGUGACUCACCGUCCGGUGACUCACCGGGGAUACGAAUCGUCCCCUCCCGGAUCGUCCCCGCGCCCCGUGAGCCAGUACGCGGAGCGGUGCGUCGGCCGCGGCGAGGACAACGACGGCCUCGUCGUCGUCGCCGCGUCGAAGCGUCCGGGGGAGGGUUUGACGACGCACCGACGAGGAAUUCCGUGGUGGCUCGCCGGGGAAAACGACGUUAACACGUCGCCAGCUGUGCCGCCGAUCGAGGCGGACCCGACGCGCGCGUUGGACGAGGCGCACCUCACGCGCGUCGACCCGCGUUCGUGGGUACACCCGUCGUCGUCGUCGUCGUCGUCGUCCCCCACCGCCGCCUCGAUCGAUCGAAGGGGAGCAAACAAACUAUUAGGGGAGAACGCCGCGACGACGGCGUCUUCGAUGGCGCUUCGAUGGAGGCUCAAGUUCGCGGAGGACGACGUGCCCAUCGCCGAGCGGUUCCGCCGGGCGUGCGCCGAGGUCGAGGCGGCGAGAACGGCGCGACGGGAACGGAACCACCAGAAGCGGAAGAACCGACACUUCAACCGGCUCGCGGCGUCGAGCUCGGAGAGGCUCAUCUUUCGCGCCAUGGACGACGUGUCGCUCGUGGACCUCCGUUGA